CAAUACUAAACACCCCUCUAAUGGUAACAUUGUUUGUGAAUUGGCGUAAAACACAUGCAUUUGUUUGUAAAUAAAAAUUGAGCCAAACUUUGGUUUGAAUUGUGUUUGAAUUGAGUGUUAAUUACAGUAAUUGUCGGCCAAAUGGAGGCCAACGAAGGCAUGAAUGAGAUAUUGAAUGCCUUACAGAAAGUGGAGGAAUGCGCCGAAGAUAUCAUUGUCAACAAACAAGAGAUGAUUGCUCUGAACGUCAAGUUAAACAAAAACAGGGAAGCGUUGAAUGCAUUGAAAAGGCGUAAAGAGUAUACCAAUGAUUCAGAUAAGUUGUGGUUAUGUUUUGGCAACUCUUUCAUUAAACAAAGUGUCAGUUCCGCCAAAAGUGUGAUAACUGAAGACCAAAACCAAUUGACGAAACGGAUUGAAGAGCUGAGGAAUGGUCUGAAACCAAAAGUGGAUCAAUUGAGACAAUUGGAGGGCAAAGAAGAGUUGAAAGGAUUUAAUCUGAAACCACUCGCCAAACAAGAGUUAUCCGCUUUGAAUCAAUUGCUUUGAUAUUUAUGCUAAACAUUUGUUGCGUUAAUUGUUUUGUAAAAUAUUAUAAUAAUUAGAUUGCAAUCAUUUAUUUAAUAAAUUGUUAACUUUUAUAAUAUAUACAAAUGAUUUCAAAUUGCAAUGAAUUU